GCCGGGUGAGAGGGAGCGGAGCGGAGCCGUCGGUGCCGGAGCGGGUGGGGAGCGGAACGAGGCGGGCGCAGCUCCGCGCCCAUGGCGCACCGCGCCGCGGAGACGGGAGCGGCGGUUCCCUCCCGGCAUCGUACGGCCUCCGAGUCCCCCGCAAAGGCGGCCGAGCCGGGGCGGGAGGAGGACAGCAAGGAAGAGCCGCGGCGGGCGGGCGGCCGCGAAGGCAGCGAGUCGAAGCGAAGGGGACACGGUGCGAGAGCCAAGAGCGCCGGGCGGAGGGAGGAGGACGAGAGCGGGGACGGGGCGUGCGGGAGCACGGCGGAAAAGAGAGGGGAGCCGCGGGACGGCAGUUCAAGGGGCAGAGGUCGGCGGCCGGAGCUGCGCGUUGUGCUGCUGGGGCGGAGCGGAGCGGGGCGCAGCGCCACCGGCAACACGUUGCUGGGCGAGGAGCGCUUCGAGUCCCGGCUGGCGUCCCAACCCGUCACCACCACGUGCAAAGAAGGCAGGCGGGAUUGGGGCGAGUGGUCCGUGGUGGUCAUGGACACCCCGGCGAUUUUCGGGGGCUCUCAGUUGGACGAGCAGCGUUUGGCCGAGGAGCGCCAGCGCUGCCUCAGAUUCGCUGCCCGGCAGCCCUGCGUGCUGCUGCUGGUGACACAGCUGGGCCGUUACACGCGGGAGGACCGCGAGGUGCAGGAGAGCGUGCAGAAGCUGUUUGGGAAGGGCGCUAAGCAGCGCAUGAUGGUGGUGUUCACAAGGAAGGAAGACCUGGGGGGCGGCUCGCUGGAUGAAUACGUGAAGGUGGCCGACAGAGGAGCGCUGCGGGAGCUGGUGAAGGCGUGCGGGAAGCAGUGCUGUGCUGUGAGCAACAGAGCGCCGAGGCGGGACCGGGAUGUGCAAGCUGAUGAGGUGCUGCACAGGGCUGUGAGCAUCGCCCUCAGGCAGAGCGAGGGGCGAGGGGAGUCGUCGUGUUGGUUGUGUUUGCCGUAAUUAAGAUCUAAUCACCGUGACGAGACCCACGGGUCCAUGCCCAAAAAUGAGGGGCGGGGGGGGG